AUGCGCUUCCCUGACCACACCCUGAGCUCAUUCCUUGCUGCAGGUGUCAGGGUUUCGUGGUAUCGCAGCACGGGCCAGAUCGCUGAGGGGCCCAAACACAGAAUCAGCGCCGCCACCGGACAGUACCAUCUGGAGAUAGAGCAGAUCACCCCGGAGGACCUUGGGGAGUACCAGUGUUAUGUGCACAAUGGGGUGUCAAGGGACCUGGCCACCGUGACUCUGAGUGCCAUCCCCGGCCAGGCACGUGUCCUGGAAGCCAAGCAAACCCAGCACCCAAAGACCUACAAUGUGACCUGGACCGUGGAGAGCGUGGUGCCUCUACGGCUGUACAUCAUGGAGUACGGCAAGAAAGGCGUACCAGCAGAUCACCGGAACCUGACCUACAUCGGGGUCACAACACAGCCUCGCGGGAUGACCUAUGUGGAGAGCGGCCUGCUGACCCUUGACCCUGCCUCCACCUACGAAGUGAGGGUGCGUGGCGUGACUCAGGACAACCAACAGGGACCUGACAUGACACAGCCCUUCAUCCUUUCCACAGGCGGCGGCACAUCAGCGAAGGUUGCCCGGAUGCUGCGUACCUCCCUGCCCAUCCUGUCUCGCCUGCCAGCCCUCGCCCGCAAUAUUCUCCAGUAACCACAGCGGCUCAAUGUCAACCAGAUGUCCUCAGCUAAACAUGGACCUUGUAUUAUGAUGAACUUGGUGUUGGUACGCACACUAUAGUUCAUUACAGUUUUAGGAUCUAUGGCACGUACCGUCCUGAGUGUCCUCCCUUGGGGGUAUUGAAUAUCCUUAUCAAGCCUGGGAAAAAUAGAUUUAGUUAGUCUCCGCAGUAUAAUCUAAUCUUAUGAGCGCUGCUCCAGGCCUUGUCUUGGCCUCUCCUUUUCAGAGACAUGGCGCGUGUCAACAGUCUUAUUACUAAGUUUAUGGAAAUAAUAAGGGUUAAUACUUGAAGAUUAUUACUGCCUUCAUAUUAAUACUCUCAAAAAUGAGCUUAGCGCAAGGUUAUUUGAUGAGGCGAUUGAAAAUAUCUUGAA